CUACAGUGACCACAUGGUGUUGCAGAAGGCGCCGGCAGGAGCUGUGCUGUGGGGCUACGGGAAGGUGGGCGCCACAGUCACCGUGGAUCUCACUGGGGAUGGUGGCACCAUCAUCAUGAAGAAGACAGUGCGAGUUAAAGUGGUCCUGGCUGACUGGGGAAGUUCCACUGGACUGGAGGCUGGCUGAUGUUGUGCCCAUCUACAAGAAGGGUUGCAGGGAGGAUCCGGGGAACUACAGGUCUGUCAGUCUGACUUUAGUGCCGGGGAAAGUCAUGGAACAGGAUCCUCUGGGACAUGGACAACUGUGCUGGACCCUAUGGAUCAGGGUGGUCCCUAUGUGCUGACAGCCAGACAGGGCUCGGAGAACGUGACGCUGCAAGACAUCUACUUUGGGGACGUGUGGCUUUGCAGUGGGCAGAGCAACAUGGCAAUGACGGUGCUGCAGAUCACCAAUGCCAGCCAGGAGCUCGCCGCUGCUGCUCACUACCCCUACGUCCGUGUCUUUGCCGCAGCACCUGCCCGCUCUGACGUGGAGCUGGAGGACCUGGAGCGAAUAGACUUGCCGUGGUCCAUCCCGACAGCCGAAAACCUGGGCCAUGGGAAUUUCACCUACUUCUCAGCUGUCUGCUGGCUGCUGGGGCGGUUCCUCUACGAGACCCUGCGGUACCCAGUGGGGCUGGUGGAAGUGGCCUGGGGGGGCACCCCGAUUGAGGCCUGGUCCUCCAGGAGGGCUCUGCGGGUGUGCGGGCUCCCAGAGGAUGUGGGGAGCCCAGGCUUGUCUUCCAGCACCUCCCUGCCCCAGCAUCUCUCUGGCCCGCAAACACCCUCCAUUCUCUGGAACGCAAUGAUCCACCCUCUGCUCAACAUGACGCUGCGGGGAGUCGCUUGGUACCAGGGCGAGGCCAAUGCCUUCCUGAACACAGACCAGUACAACUGCACCUUCCCUGCGCUCAUUGCUGACUGGCGCUGGGCUUUCCACACCGGAUCAGCCGGGCAGACGGAGCCUCUCCUCCCCUUCGGCUUCGUGCAGUUGUCCACCUACCGCCGUCAGAGCCCGGAUGACAGCUUCGCCCAGCUCCGCUGGCACCAAACAGCUGAUCUGGGGAUUGUCCCAAAUGCCAGGAUGCCUGGCACCUUCAUGGCAGUGGCAAUGGAUCUGGGCGAUGAGCACUCUCCCUACGGCAGCAUCCACCCCCGGGACAAGCAGAAUGUGGCGCACCGGUUGCUCCUGGGUGCCAGGGCUGUGGCGUACGGGGAGAAAGACUUGGUUUUCCAGGGGCCGUAUCCUAUCCAUGCUGUCCUGGAGGUGAGCAGGGGUCUGCUGAACGUCAUCUACAGCCAGGAGCUGCUCUGCCAGCAGAGAGACACGCCAGCAUUUGAGGUCUGCUGCUCCAGCUCAACGUGGCCAUGCCGGUGGCUGCCAGCACCCAUCGUGGCAGUGGGGUCGCGCAUGGUGACACUGGCCCUGGCCGGCUGUGGGACACUGGUGCUGGCGCUGCGCUACGCCUGGGCCGAGUGGCCCUGCAACUACAAGUCCUGUGCCCUGUACAACACCUGGGGCCUGCCCGCUCCUCCCUUCCUCCUGCACACCCUGCCCACGGGGGGCAUGCCGGGGCUCACCCGCACAGCCGGAGCAAGGGAGCUGCUCCUCCGCCCUGGCUCCUGGGGGAUUUAGGCAAGGGGACAGCUGAGGGAGCUCAGGCCUGGCAAGGUGGCUCGGCAGUGCCAGCUUUGUUCCCUUCCAAGCAGUGAGGCGGCUAGCUUCAUUACAGCCUUAUUAAUUAAGCAACUUCCUAGCUCCUCUUUGGCCUGAGGUCAUGGCUACAGGCAAAAAAAAAUCAAUUUAAAGGAAAAUUUAUGAAAAAUCCUGUUAAGCCAAGGAGCAGGGGGUGGGAGUUUCAGCCCUCCCUGCCCGUGGAGCUCAUCCUGGCCCCCUCUCAGCGAGCUGCCCCCGUGGCAGGGUGCUGGCAGGAUCCAUGAAUCUGAGGCAGCGGGAGAGAAGAGCUCUGCCAAACCACAACGAGAUGUGGAGCCCAGGGCAGGAGGCGUAGAGAGCGCAGUGUGGGGCAGCAGGGUGAGGGCCUGCCACCACC